AUGGAUAACAGCAAGCCAGUGAAGACGCCUCAAGAUCCCGGCCUGAAGCUAACCAAGAACAUGUGUGAACAAGAAUGCAAGCACGAAGACACCAUGUGCAACGUGCCAUAUCGAAGUGCUGUCGGAGGCAUCAUGUAUCUCAUGGUCGCCACACGUCCGGAUCUAGCUGCUGCAGUGGGAUCAUUAUCCCAGUUCUCGUCCGACCCAUGCCCGACUCACUGGCAAGCUUUGAAGCGUGUGCUGAGAUACCUGCAAGCAACGCCCAAUCAUGGUCUUGAGUUUACACGUGAAGAAGGAAGCCGUAUCUGCGGGUACACCGACGCAGACUGGGCCGGCGACAUUGAGUCAAGACGAAGUACAAGCGGCUAUGUGUUCAUGAUGAGCGGAGGAUGCAUCAGCUGGAAAAGCCAGAAACAACGGACGGUCGCGCUAUCUUCAACAGAAGCAGAAUACAUGGCGCUUUCCGAAGCAACCAAAGAAGCAGUAUGGCUCAAAGUGCUUUUGGGGGAACUUGGUGAGAUGACAAGCGACGAAGCGAUCAAGAUGUAUGAAGACAACCAAGGAUCAAUCGCUCUCGCCAAGAACCCGGAGUUCCAUAAGAGAACAAAACACAUCGACAUACGCUACCAUUUUGUGCGUGAGAAGGUGGAAUCAGGUGAAGUCGUUUUGGAGUAUUGCCCGACUCAAGAUAUGCUGGCAGACAUGAUGACCAAGCCGAUCGCCGCUGUAAAAUUUAAAAACAUUCGCGAUCGACUUGGGAUCCAAGGUGCCGCAGCUAACGAGUCGAGAGGGAGUGUUGAAAAGACAGCGGCUGUGAAGAAGACACCUCGUCAAGCUGCGUCAAGUGUUGAAGCAAGUGGAAGACCAAGCUUCGCUAUACCGGUGGGUACCGGUAUGUACCAGUAA